GUCAACAACUCUGUAACUCUCAUUAUAUGAUUAUUGUUGAAAAUGAACCAACUCAUAAAAAUUCACCUACGGUUAUUGUUGAGAAUGAGCCAAUUAGUAAAGAUAAGCCUAUUUCAAACUUACCAAAUAAAUUAUCACUUGGAGAUCAAAUUAAAAGGAUGACGACUCGCACCACUUACGAUCUUCCUACUCUAGGAGAGAUAAAUAUAACAAGUAUGCCAGCUGGAUACAGUACUCCAUUUCCUUCUUCGUAUAAUGGUUGUGAUCGCUGUCAUCAAUUAUUAUCCGCUAAUAAUAACGAAAUUAACGAUUUAGAAGAGGAGGAUGGUAAUCGACUAAAUAUGAAUGAAAGAGAAAAUUUAGAAUUGGAAUUGCAAAACAAAAUUAAUGAAAUGAAUAAUUGGUAA